GACAUCCACGACAACGGGACCUACGACGACUUCUACAAGUACGACAGCGAGUGGAAGUGGAGGCGAAAAAAGGUGCAAAUGGUUUACGGGCACGUGGCCAGUGGAUGUCCCACGAAGAACGAGGGCGGUGAUGGAACACCUUUCAAAUCGAAAGGGAAAGCCAAGCCAAAGAGUGCGCCGACAACGCCUACAGCGAAGGAUGAUGGAGGACAGGGUGGUUCAGCGGCAGCAAGAGCGAUGGUUGCUGAACCGGAACCACAGCCACCAGCUCCUACGUCGCCGGUGAAUCAGGAAGGCAGUCAGCAAGGCUCCCAGUCAGGGGAGGUCAAGGACGCGUUGAGAGAUGCAGCGCAAGCCCUGAGGUCGUUGAUGAGUCCGGGAUCUACGACGGCUUCGUCUCCUGCGUCAACCUUGGAAGGCCUGCAACGCCAACUUGAUGAGCUGCGACUGAAGACGAUGAAGGUGUCAGAGGAUGUGAGCGUUUUAAGAAUGACACAGCGAACUUCGUUGGAUGGGCGGGUUGCGCUUGAGCCUACAGAGGUGCCUACGCUUAUCGACUCUGGCGCCACACAUAUCCUUCGGCAUCCUCGCGAUGAUGGGGAGUUGGCCUCAGCAACCAGGGUGUCAGUGACCUUAGCCAAUGAUGAGAAAAGGGACUUACUUCAGACUGAGUCCGGGGCCAUCCUGUCAACCUCGAAGGACACCCAGCCGAUCCUGCCGAUGGCCGAGUUGGUGCGUGCGGGAUGCGAGAUCAGCUGGAAACGUGGUGUUUUCAAGGUCGUUCAUCCAGUGUGGGGUGAGCUAAGAACUUCUCUUCGAGGAGGGUGUCCAGAGCUGGCUCAAGAACAGGCUGCGAAGUUGGUGAAUGACAUCGAGAAGAAGAAGCUACAGGAGUUUCGUGAAGGAGUAACUCUGCUGAAGUCGAAGCUGGAGCACUUGGUUCAUGAGGA